AUGAAGGUUAACCUACAAUUCGACCCAUAUGGAUCUCCAGGUCAAAUCAAAGUAUCUUCAGAUCUGUACUCCUCUGUUAUCGAUGAAUUUUCCUCCUUCGCAGAAAUUACAUUACCGUGUUACUCUAGAGAAUUACAAAACACUUUCAUAUAUUGGUAUUGUUUAGACACAUCUUUACCUUAUGAAACUGUCAAUAUCCCUACUGAUCAUUAUCAUAUAGAAAGAUACAAUCCAACAUUUGAUUUUUGCGAGUUCAACCCUCUAGGUGACAAUUCGAAAGAAUAUAUCUCAUCUUUGAAUAUUGUUGGAAUCACUUUAGAUAAUGUACUCUACGAUAAAAUAUCACUAUUACCUUCAAACAAUGACAAAUUAAGCUUUUUAACAACGAAGUUUGAUAUUCGAAAUAAACAAUCGGUUAUAUAUAAGAAACAAUGGUUACGUCAGGGAUUGUGUAAUAUAACAUAUUGCAAACCUCAUCCAUUCGGAGUAAUUGAUUUUACUAAGACAAAAGUUAUCCUUAUGAAAGGUAAAGAAAACAAUGAUGACCAUGAUGUAAACUCACAUAUGAACUUAUCCGAUAUCAAAGUUAAAUGUCUUCCAUAUCCUUUACCAUUGGACCUAAUAACUCCAGAUAUCUACCAAAAAAAUCAUGAUGAUACACUUUUUGCAUAUGCGAAUCAUGAUGUCUUUGAAAAGCUUAAAAUUAGUAGUGGAUCAUUGGUGCGGAUUUCGCUUAAGAAUAAAUCAACUCGACUAAGACUUUUUGUGCUCUUUCGACCAAAUAAUUUCAACAAGAACACCAUAUAUUUGCAUCCCAGAGUGAAAAGUUUAUAUCCAAGUCAGGAAAAUAUCCAAAUUCAAAAAAUUAUUAUAGAAGACACUUUACCAAUUGCCUCUAACGUUAUUAUUUCAAGAGUAGGUGAUUGGAUUCAAACUCAAAAGAUCUAUCAGGAUAUUAUUUUACAAAGACUUAAAACCUUUUUUGCUAGCAAGAAUAGAUUAUCCAAAGUUGGUGACCUUAUACCCAUUACCUUUGAUAAAUCUCUAUCGUCUCUAACUUCUAAGGAUACUAAUAUUUCAUGGGACGACCAAUGUGUCAAUGAGAUAACAGAUGGAUAUGACACAUUAGUCUGGUUUAAAAUUAGCUAUGCUGAUGUCAAAACAACUAAUUAUGAUGGUGAUAUCUCCUCAAAUAUUUUUGAGGACGAAUUUAUAAUAGAUCCAGUGAAAACCAAACUUAGUACAAGUAAAAUAGUACGCGAAUCCCCAGAGGCUACAAUUAAUGAUGAUUUCAACGCAUUCUAUAAUCUCCCAACGUCGGUUAAAUACCUCUCAGACACUUUUCCAUACUAUAAUGAUAUCUCAAACAUCAUCAACUCGUCAAUUGAAUGUCUAAAACGAGGAAUUCCUGUAGAGACCCUUAUAUUGCUUCAUUCUACAAGCAGUAACGUGGGAAAAACAACGUUAGUUAAAAGCAUUGCAACAGAGUUUCAAAUUAAUCUUAUAGAUUUUGAUUGUAUUACCUUUUCUGUGAGUGAAGGUUCUUUAGACUCUAUAACUAAGGUUAUUGGCUUCCUCAACGCAAAACUUGAGGGUGUUCUACCAUAUGUCGAGUCCACCAUUUUAUACAUGUCUCAUUUGGACGUCUUAUUCCCACCUAUCGAUCCUAACCAGGAUCAAAAUACAACCAAGAUAGCAAGAACAUUGGAAUUAGGAUUACUUAAUACUAUUAUGGCAACGAUGAAGAAAUAUAAAAAUGUAAUAUUUUUGGCUUCUGUUAAUGAAAUAGAUAAUUUACCAAGUACAGCCAGGGCCUUUUUUAAAUUCGAAGUUAGUGUACCCGUCCCAACUGAAGAACAAAGACGAUCAAUCUUUGAAUGGUACUUAUCUUCUAAACGACUAAAUCAUAGUUGUGAUUUAAUAGUGAACAAUCAAAAGUUCGUUUUAGGAGAGGAUGUGGAUAUACAACAUUUAGCUCUUCAUUCUGCUGGGUUGACACCUAUAGAUAUACGUUCUAUUGUCAGUAAUGCAACUGAAGAAUGUAUCGAAAACUCCAACAAAUCGGAACAUAACUGCAAUAUAGAAUUAAAUAUGGCCACAUUAGAAAAUGCAAUAUCUGCUGCAAGAGAUGAAUAUUCGGUAUCUAUUGGUGCUCCAAAGAUUCCAAAUGUUACAUGGGAUGAUAUUGGUGGUGUUGAUCAAAUAAAGGGUGAAAUAAUGGAUACUAUUGACAUGCCAUUGAAGCACCCAGAAUUAUUUUUAUCUGGUCUAAAGAAGAGAAGUGGAUUAUUAUUUUACGGGCCUCCUGGUACAGGUAAGACUCUAAUGGCAAAAGCUAUUGCCACUAACUUUUCGUUGAAUUUUUUCAGUGUCAAAGGUCCUGAACUAUUAAAUAUGUAUAUAGGUGAAUCGGAAGCUAAUGUUAGGAGAAUCUUUCAAAGGGCUCGAGAGGCAAAACCAUGCGUCAUUUUCUUUGAUGAAAUCGACUCCGUAGCGCCUAAGAGAGGUAACCAAGGUGAUUCUGGUGGGGUAAUGGACCGUAUUGUUUCCCAACUAUUAGCUGAAUUGGAUGGGAUGAGUUCUGGUUCCGAGGAUGGAACAGGGAGCGAUGGAAUUUUUGUCAUUGGGGCCACCAAUAGACCAGAUUUACUAGAUGAAGCUCUUUUGAGACCAGGUAGAUUUGAUAAACUAUUAUACUUAGGUAUACCAGAUACAAAUGAAAAACAAUUAAAUAUUUUAAAGGCAUUAACUCGUAAAUUCACAUUUCAUGAAGAUGUGGAUCUAAUGCAAGUUGCCGAAAACUGUCCAUUCAAUUAUACGGGGGCAGAUUUUUAUGCUCUGUGCUCAGAUGCUAUGUUAAAUGCAAUGAUAAAUAUUGCUCACACUGUAGAUAGUAAAUUAACAGAGUAUAACCAAAUAAGAAAUGAUAACCAAGAAAAGGCUGUUUCUCUUAAUUACUGGUUCGAUCAGGUUGCUACAGAUAAUGAUACAUCCGUGACUGUCAGAAUGGAAGAUUUCAUCAAAGCUCAUAAAGAGUUAACGGCAAGUGUAUCACAGGAUGAAUUAGAUCAUUACCUCAAGGUCAAGAGGGAUUUUGAAGGCUAG